AUGCUGGUGCUGGUGAGGGCGGCCGGCCUCAGAUCAACACCCCGCCACACCCAGGCCUCAGAUCAACACCCCGCCACACCCAGGCCUCAGAUCAACACCCCGCCACACCCAGGCCUCAGAUCAACACCCCGCCACACCCAGGCCUCAGAUCAACACUCUCCCACACCCAGGCCUCAGAUCAACACCCCGCCACACCCAAGCCUCAGAUCAACACUCUCCCACACCCAGGCCUCAGAUCAACACCCCGCCACACCCAAGCCUCAGAUCAACACUCUCCCACACCCAGGCCUCAGAUCAACACCCCGCCACACCCAGGCCUCAGAUCAACACUCUCCCACACCCAGGCCUCAGAUCAACACCCCGCCACACUCAGGCCUCAGAUCAACACCCCGCCACACCCAGGCCUCAGAUCAACACUCUCACACACCCAGGCCUCAGAUCAACACCCCGCCACACCCAGGCCUCAGAUCAACACUCUCCCACACCCAGGCCUCAGAUCAACACCCCGCCACACCCAGGCCUCAGAUCAACACCCCGCCACACCCAGGCCUUAGAUCAACACCUCACCACACCCAGGCCUCAGAUUGA